UAAAUUUUAAUAUGUAGAGGAUAUGUCUGCAAAAAAUCAUCGUUUUCAUCCUUUUCGUGCGGUAAGCUCUUCCAAACUUGGCCCGUUGGGCCGUCGUACGACUCGUUAUAGUUUGGUUGGCAUCAUCCGGCCCGCGGCGGAAGCGGGAAACGAGGCUCCAGAGUCCCCAGCGGAAUAUUCUAGAGAAUCGAAGGUACGAGAACGAGAGCGAGCGUGGAACCAGUCCGCUUGUCCAAAAUCCCUUGAGAAACCUGCCCUUACUGCUGAGAGUCACAACCCUCGCCGCGUCUCCGCUCUCCGGCCACCCGUCCCCUCGAUGGCCGCCGCUUCCGACGCCUUCCAGAAGGUACAGAUCCACCGCGAUGACACCACAUUUGAUGCCUAUGUAGUUGGAAAAGAAAAUGCUCCAGGAAUAGUGGUGUUGCAGGAGUGGUGGGGGGUUGAUUUUGAGAUCAAGAACCACGCUUUGCACAUUGCCCAGAUGAAUCCAGGUUUUAGAGCUUUAAUUCCGGAUUUGUAUCGUGGAAAGGUUGGCCUGGAUGUUGCUGAGGCACAACACUUGAUGGAUGGUCUGGACUGGCAGGGUGCUGUGAAGGACAUACGUGCUUCAGUUAACUGGCUUAAGGCGAAUGGUUCGUCCAAGGUUGGUGUAAUUGGAUUUUGUAUGGGGGGUGCUUUGUCCAUUGCAACUGCAGUUCUGGUCCCUGAGGUAGAUGCUGCUGUUGCCUUCUAUGGAGUUCCUUCACCAGAACUUGCUGAUCCCUCCCAGGCAAAGGCUCCUGUGCAGGCUCACUUUGGGGAGCUUGAUAACUUUGUUGGAUUUUCUGAUAUCACUGCAGCAAAAUCCUUAGAGGAAAAGUUGAGGCCCUCGGGAGUUCCAUAUGAGGUCCAUAUAUAUCCUGGCUGUGCUCAUGCCUUUAUGAAUGCUUCGCCUGAUGGCAUCAAGAGGCGGAAAGCAAUGGGAAUGGAUGAUAAGAACCCUGCACCGGUUGAUCUGGCCUGGUCUCGUUUCCGCUCUUGGAUGGGUGCUUACUUGCUGUCUCCUUGAAUUGUGGUUCUAGGACUUGGAUCGACCCAGUAAAGGCUGCUUAAUAAUUAUAACUUUGCGACUAGCAUGGUGUUUGCAGUAUCUCUACGGCUGCUUUGUGAAUUCCAUGUCAUGCGAACUUGGUCGGGCAUCAGCUGUCUGAUAUAUGUCUGUCUGUAAUUACAUGAAUGCCCGUGCUUAGAACUAUAUGGAAUGAAUAGCCAUUUCUAACGCCCCCCCAAAAAAAAAGUACAGCACAUAAGUACUUAAACAUGCAUCUUUUGGAGUGUGAUGCGGCAUUGAAAAUGAUCCUGGUGGUGGUGUUCCUUUCAUGUGAUAA